CAAACUAAUAGAUCUGUCUCUCUUAUGGUUCAUGAUCCCAACCUGUUCUCAAAUGCAGGUACGUUCUCCUUCUUGUUCAUUGUCGAUCAUAUUGUAAAAUCACAAAUACUUGAUUAACCUACCUGGAUAAAGUUUAAUGAUCUGUUACAUGUAACAAUUCCUCAUAAACUUCUUAGCCCACACAUUUGCAAGUUUCUAUAUUGCCGGUGCAGCCUCAGCCACAAUUUGUAACAUUGGUCUUAAAUCCCAUUGUUGCAUUGUUUGACCUAAAUGUAGAGUUCUUUCGGUUCCAAGUACCAUUCCUUCCAUAUAUGUCAAAGUGCUAAGAUUAGUUGACAUUGACACAUGCUUUAGAAAAGAUGUUGCCCGGUGAUGAACAAUACUCUGUCUUUGAGUCGGGAAGAUGCAUGGAUUCUCCACUGUUGAUGGGUUUGUGGAGAUAAGCGAGUGCUUGGCGGAGAUGAUUAAAUACGUGGCGAACGAACCAUCUGCUGGUCUUUUCUUCAUCCAACAGCAUACUCAAAAUGCAGUUCCCAAUGUCAUUAAGCUUAAGAAGAAGGUUAUUGAGAAGUCUCACGAAACGCGUUUGCACACAGAAGAUUUGGAGGACUCUGUCACAAUGGUGAAAUCAAUGAAAGAGUGUGGAUUCCCAAUAAUUGAUGAGAUGAUUGGAGACAUUAAAAAAUCUCUGGCUACUAUGACAUCAAAGCAACCAAAACGAGUCCUACCGAGUCUGCCAGCAUCAAAUAUUCAGACAGAAAGAACUAGUUUUUGGGGUAACUCUGCAGUUGAUCCCCAAGAGGGAAGUGAAAAAAGGGGCAACUAUUUUUCUAGUGUUUUUAAGUUUUCAAAGCAGAAGGAAAGCAGUCUCAAGUGGCCACAACGUGAUUCUACAGGAUCAAUCGAUCCCAAGACUGAGAAGGCAGAGCUGCACCCUGAUGUGCCUUUGUCUGUCACAUAUGCAAGCAGUUGUACAUCUACAGACAAGUUGCCACUGCCAAGAGAGGUUGAAGAUGAAACUCUGCCGGAACAGAGUGAUAUUGGGAUUAAGUUAUUGUCAGUAACAGAAAAAUAUGAUGACUUCAAAGCUAGUAAACAAGCUAAGCUGGAGGAGUGGCUGGAAGGAACGACAAGUGAUGAGAAUAGGCCUUAGGCGGGCUAUUACUUACUUGGAUAACAGAAAGAUUCAGCAUGUAUAUAAUGCUUUGUAGUGUAUAAUUGUCUUUUAAUAACAAUUAUAAAAAAAUUGUUAUGCUGUUAAAUGUACUUAAAACAACUAUGAUACCAUGUGGGUUAAUGCACAGGAUUCAGCAUUCCUUACUGUAAAAAAAUGAGACAUUGAUUAUUAAUCAUUAAGGCCAAAUGAAUCACAUUGUUUUUA